AUGGUCGAGUCAGAAUCAACCAUCAAGCGCUCCGCCUCUUCCUCCUCGCCUGAAGAUGGACUGAAUCCUCCUGGCGCAAAGCGCGUCAAGCGUCACUACCACCACCAUCACCGCCUGCAGAGCCCCGUUAACCCAGCUCUACCUGAACCCGCCAUCGUCGACGAUGCUUGCGUUGACCAGCUUCUAAACCGGUCCAUCAGUCAAUAUUUACGAACUUGCGGGUUCGAACUCGCAGACCCUGCCGCGCUGGACGCCUUUCGCAGGGUGACUGAAGAAUAUAUCUUAAGCGUCGCAUCCUACGUGCGACAAUCCAUGCUAUCGAGCCGACGCACUCAGCCCAUUCCUCAUGAUUUUGACGACGCCUUACGCCGUCACUCUGUCCCGUACACCGACCUCCUCCCACACGUCCAACCUCAUCCCAACCUUGACCCCAUCCCGACCCCUCAGCCCACCCCCCCGCCAGAAGAAGUCUCCUUCAAGACCCUCCCAUCCUUUGGGCCACAGCUCAGUGGCGAGGACGACCGCGUCCGAAGCUCCUACAUCCCGAAACACUUCCCCGCCUUCCCCAGCAAACACACCUACCGCCAUACGGCAGUCUUCACAGAACGCGAGCAGGACGCUCGGAAGAUUCGCGAACGCGCUACUGAGGAUGGCCGACACGGAGAGGAGGCUCUGCGCAAGCUGGCGCGGGCGGCCUUCAAGGACAACCAGUUUGGGUCCUCGGCGCGCGAGAAGAAACCCUGGGGCCGGCGUGCAGAGACGAUGGAUAGUAUGUUUGAGAAGACUGUGAAGGGGCUGGCGAAACGGAUGCAGCGGACCGCCACGGUGCCGGGUGCGGCGGCGCCCAUGGAAAUCGAUUCAGGAGCAGGGCUGGAUACGGAGGUCAAGCCGGUUCGGUCCAAGCUCGCGUUAAGCAUUGAGCUGCCACCUAUCAUCAAUUGCGAGCGGGAGUUUUGGCGGCGAGUGCCGUCGUCGGGUGCGCGGAGAGCAGCAGAGGAUAAGCAAUCUGGCGUGAAGAAGGAGGCCCAUGAUAGAGCUUCCCGGGUGGACAGCUGGGCGCACAACCGGUUGACAAACGAUGACACCAGGCUUGGGGAUCCCGCCCUGAGGAGGAUUACACGAGUAUUGUACCAUCUCCAGCAGCUGGCAUUUCUCCAGCUCGACGGGGCCGCCCUUGCGACGCUUCUCUUGGAAGUUCUUGGUCGAAAUGUUGACGUGCUCGGGGAGGGUUUCGGCGUGAAAGACGGGGACGAGGGCUUUGGAGAAAGAUUACUGACGGAAGUGCAUGAGGAGAGGCUGAACGAGCUCUUGCAUAGUCUCAGAGAACUAUACCAAGAACGUAUCGGAAGGGAUACCCUGAAGACUCGCUUUGGAGUCGACGAGCUCGACAAACUCGUGGGUAUUUUUACUGCACCCGUUCCGUCAGGACAGUCUCGAGCAGACACUGCACAGGAAGAACUUCCGCUCGACCCAGAGCAUGAUCCUGACGAUGAACUUGCACAUGAUCCACCUGGGAGAACUACCAAUACUCAUUCUGCCGGUAUCCCGGUGCCUGCCUAUACGAGCCAUGCAGAACCCGUCCUGGAGAUAUCUAGCACGUCUUCUGCAGCAGGAAAGACUAAUUUGCUAUACUAUAUCACUGCUCUCGCUGUUCUGCCGGCCGAGAUUAACGGCUUCAAGAUAGGAGGUCAUGAUUCGGCGGUGGUCUUCAUGGACACCGAUGGCCGCUUCAAUGCCGAGCGGCUGCGUUCCGUCCUUCGCGGCAUUGUUAAGGUCAAAUGCGGAGCACAGGAUAUGAGUCGACUUGACGAGGAAAUGGAGAGGAUGGCCGUGUCUUGCUUGAAACAUGUCCAUGUCUUCCAGCCCCAGUCUUCGUCGGCCCUUCUUGCCACACUCCAGCGGCUGGAUACUUACCUCCUAGAUCUCGCCCGCCAUGCAUCCAGCUCUCGAGCACUCCGGCUGCUGAUCCUGGACAGUGCCAAUGCUUUCUACUGGCAGGAUAAGUUACAAGACGAGAUGACUCGCGUUGAACAAAUAGGGCGUCCGGCUGCAGAAAUUGAGCACGAUCGCCGCCAGAAACAGAGCUUCUACCUCUUCGACAUGUACACGGACUUAGUGAGGGAGUUGAAGCGACUGCAGCGCGUAUUUAGCUGUGCAGUUGUCUUUACCACUACUGCUGCCCCACAAACAACACCAAGCCGUCGUUCACAUGGAUACCAACCUUCUGGCCCAUAUGACCUUUAUAACCCUUCUGAUGCGCCUGCCUUUCGGAGGCCGUCGUUCCGAUCGGCUCUUCCAGCACCGUGGGGGACUUUCCCUGUAUUACGAGUGGUUGUCCAGCGUGAUCCGGUUCGGCCCUUUCCUGCUGCGAUGGGCUUGCAGGAGGCUGAAGAGAAUGCGGCCAAGCGGCAGGAGAUACUCAUGCGUGGCCGAUUCUCUGGAUGGGUGAAUAUGUGGGGACGUGAAGACUGGCCGCGGAGAUGGCUCGAGGGUGUUGAGGCACUAGAUGGAGGAAUGUUUUUCUUUCGGAUGGGUAGAGAUGGAGUGCAAUUCGGGUAA